UUUCAUUGGACGAAGAAAGCAAUGCACCAAAUCAGAUAAUAAUCAGUCGGCUGCGGGUGGCCGAGGCCGCACAGCGCGGCAGAGCCACCGACGCAAGUGACAGACCACAGAUGGAAACUACAGCGGCGGAGGCGGGUCAGCCGGGGCCGGCGGUGCACCCGGCAUUGGCGCCGGUGUCGUACCUGCUGGGGACAUGGAGGGGCCAGGGCCAAGGCUGCUAUCCUACCAUCAGCUCCUUCUCCUACACGGAGGAGCUCAACUUCUCCCACUCCAAUCCCCGCAAGCCCGUCAUCGCUUACACCCAGAGGACCUGGCGGUCUCCGGGCGGCCCCGCGGCCGAGCCAAUGCACGCGGAGAGCGGGUUCUGGCGCCUCAAACCCGACGGCUCCGUCGAGGUCGUCAUCGCCCAGAGCACUGGCGUCGUCGAAGUUCUGAAAGGUACGCAUGACGCAGAAGGGAAAGUCAUAAACCUCCACAGUGAACUAGUCGGCAAUGCCUCUAAGGUGAAGGAGAUCAGUAUUGAAUUCAGGUUGGUUGAUGGAGAGCUGUCGUAUGAGCUUCAAAUGGCUACUACUUCGACGAACCUUCAACCGCACCUGAAGGCCGUACUCGAGAGAGUAUGACCAAUGUGCUCAAACCGAAAGAUUGGUGAGACUUUAGGAUCUUUACCAAAAGGAUAAUGGAGGGUCAGCUGUUGUGCAACGAGCAUUAGUUGUGUUCUUACUUUUGAAAAUUUUGGGACUGUUUGAAGCAUUGUUUAUGUGUCCUUCUGCUAAAAAUGAGCAGUGUCUACAAAGUAUUUGACACUAGAGUGAGUUGUCGGUGAAAUCAUGGGUUUGCUCAGUAUCUCAAAAGAUCAUUCGUGGUUGAACUAUCAUGGUCUGAUGGAAAUUCUGAUUACCAUUUGUAUUGCUCAUCCAGGGGUUCAAUCUGUCGAAGUUCUGUUCGUUCACAGAUUUUGCUGGUGUCUGCUCGAUUUUAUCCUGUGUUAAUUGCUUAGAUGAGAGGGUCUGCUCGAUUAGCUUUUCAAUACGUGAAGAUAACUGUUGGAUAGUUGGGCUCUUAGUAGGUGUCCACCCACAAAUUAUUUAGCUAAAUAUUUCCUUGAUCUGAGUUUGAAGAUGACUGUCGCUGUUCUUACUUUGUGCACGCCAUGGAUAAGUGUCUAGGCAGUGAUCUUCGUUAUUAAAUGCUCCUGCCUUUCUGUUAUUAAUAAAAGACUCCCAGAGAUGAAAUUA